CAGCCGAACGUCGUUGCGUAAGAGAGAAAUCCUCGAAACGUGUUCAGAGUCGACUUUUUUCGUACUUCUUUGACUCUUGGAUGUUUGUAAAAUCUCCAGGUUCAAUUGUCUUUCAGACCUGCCCCAAGUGGAGAACCUGGACUGAAAAGGUCUGCUUGUCCUGAGCUGUCCCCACAGAAACCACACCAUUGCUGCUGAUGGCUGCUUUGUAGUCGCUUGCUUAUUUGCCUGCUACUACUCCCAGUUCACUUCGCCACCAUGCUAAAUACCAAACAUAGUUCGCUCUCGACCGAAUGUGCCAUACGAAGGAAAGUACUACAGGCUCAGGAGUCUGCUGAAGCCACAGCUGCACGCCGUGAGGCUAAUCGGCUACGUACCCAACAGAUCAGAGCUUUGGAAUCACCCGCUGCUGCAGCUGCACGCCGUGAAGCUAAUCGGCUACGUAACCAACAGACCAGAGCUUUGGAAUCACCUGCUGCUGCAGCUGCACGCCGUGAGGCUAAUCGACUGCGUCAACAAAAGGCCAGAGCUCUGGAAUCACCUGCUGCUGCAGCUGCACGCCGUGAGGCUAAUCGACUGCGUAACCAACAGGCCAGAGCUUUGAAAUCAAAUGCUGCCACAGCUGCACACCAUGAGGCUUAUCCAUUGCACCACCAACAGACCAGCACUUUGGAAUCACCUUCUGCCACAGUUUUUCCUGUGGAGCUAUGGCAGCUUUCAGCAAAUGAAGAAGAGGUUUCCACUGAGCAGCAGGAGAGGGGCUCCCGUCUGAACCAGGAGGUUACUGAGCCUCCACAGUCUAAAGAGGAACCAGAGGAACUGUGGUGGGGUAGUAAGGAGGAAGGUAUCAGCAUGUCCACUUUGGUUCAUGUUCCUGUGAAGAUUGAAAAAGAUGAAGACGCACCCCAGUCCUCACAGAUUCAUCAAAGACAGACUGAACAUGUGGAAAGAGGAGCUGAUGGAGACGACUGUGGAGGACCAAGAGCAGCCAGGCACUCUGAUCCGGAGAGCGAUUUACAACCAGAGACUGAGGUCACAGAUGAGGACACCUCUGAGGCUGAGACUGAUGACAGUGCUAAUUGGAUGGAAAGAACAGACCACCGGCCAGGUUUAGCCUCAGUGGACAACAUCAAAAAUAAGAGAAGAAAGACUGAUAAAAAGUCAUAUCACUGCUCUGAGUGUGGUCAAAGAUUUAACCACAAACAGAGUCUUAAUUUUCAUAUGAGAACUCACUCAGGAGAGAAACGCUUCUGCUGCCAUACGUGUGGCAAAAAAUUUCACUUUAAACAUACUUUGACUAGACACAAGAUUAUUCAUACAGGAGAGAAACCCUUUGUCUGCUCUGAGUGUGGUGACAGAUUUACCUACAAACAUAGUUUGAAGGGCCAUAUGACAACACACUUUGGGGACAAACCCUUCAGCUGCUCUGAAUGUGGUCAAAGAUUUACCCAUCAAAGAAGUUUGAGCAGACAUAUGACACUGCACUUAGGAGAGAAACCCUUUGGCUGCUCUGACUGUGGUCAAAGAUUUAACCGUAAACAUCAUCUAAAAGAUCAUAUGAGAAUUCACUCAGGAGAGAAACCCUACAGCUGCCUGGAGUGUGGUAAAAGAUUUACCCGUCAAAGAAGUUUGACCAGACAUAUGACACUGCACUUAGAAGACAAACCUUUUGGCUGCUCUGAUUGUGGUCAGAGAUUUAACCAUAAACAUCAUCUAAAUGAACAUAUGAGAAUUCACUCAGGAGAGAAACCUUACAGCUGCUCAGAGUGUGGUAAAGUAUUUACCUGCAAUGAAAAUCUGACCAGACACAAGUUAGUUCAUGCCAGACAGAAACUCUUCAGCUCCACUGAGUGCAGCAAAGUAUUAAACUUUAAAGAUGAAGUGACGACGCAUCAGAGAACUCACACUGCAGGGAAACCCAUCAGCUGCCUUGAGAGUGGAAAAAUCUGUAAAAACAAAUAUAAUCUGUCCAAAUGCUUUUUGGCUCACAGUAAACAAGAAUCGUACAGCUGCUUACAGUGUGGCCAAAAAUUUCACUGUAAAAGUGCUUUGACUAGUCACAAGAUGGUCCAUACAGGAGAAAAAUCCUUUGCCUGCACUGAGUGUGAUAAAAGCUUUACCUAUAAACAUAGUUUGAAGAGCCAUAUGACAGUACACUCUGGGGACAAACCCUUCAGCUGCCAUAUGUGUGGUCAAAGAUUUACCUGUCAAAGAAGUUUAAACAGACACAUGACAAUGCAUGCAGAAGAGAAACCCUUUGGUUGUUCUGAUUGUGGUAAAAGAUUUAACCACAAACAGAGUCUUUCUUUUCAUAUGAGAACUCACUCAGGAGAGAAACCCUUCCGCUGCCAUACAUGUGGCAAAAAAUUUCACUUUAAAAAUACUUUGACAAGACACAGGAUUAUUCAUACAGGAGAGAAACCCUUUGUCUGCUCUGAGUGUGGCAAAAGAUUUACCUAUAAACAUAGUUUGAAGGGCCAUAUGACAGUACACUCUGGGGACAAACCCUUCAGCUGUUCUGAGUGUGGUCAAAGAUUUACCCAUCAAAGAAGUUUGAGCAGACACAUGACAAUGCACCUAGAAGAGAAACCCUUUGGCUGUUCUGACUGUGGUCAAAGAUUUAACCAUAAACAUCAUCUAAAUGAUCAUAUGAGAAUUCACUCAGGAGAGAAACCCUACAGCUGCUCAGAGUGUGGUAAAAGAUUUACCCGCAAAGAAAGUCUGACCAGACACAAGUUCGUUCAUGCCAGACAGAAACUCUUCAGCUCCACUGAGUGCAGCAAAGGAUUAAGCCUUGAAGAUCAAGUGACAACACUUCAGAAAACUCACACUGUAGGGAAACCCGUCAGCUGAGUGUGGACAAAAUUUGUAAAAACAAAUUUGCCCCAAAGCAGUAGACUCAUCACCCCUUCCUUUCAGCCAUUUUUUAGCAUCACAAGGGCGUCAUCUUUUACUCACCCAGGGUCUAUUGGUUUUAUUUCAAGGACAUUAUUCUGACCCUAUUUGUUCAUUUUCAAAUAUAUUUGUCUGUUCUUUCAUAAUGAUCAUAGCUCAAUAAAGAGACAUAUUAGCCUUUAGACAGAUUCUGGAUCUGUUGUUGACCAGAAUCCAUUCAGCAUGGAAAGACUGUUUUCACUCUCACUCACACCACAGGGUAGAAAACCUGUGGGAUGAGAGUUCUUGUUAAAAACUUCAGCCUCUAUCAAUCAAUCAAUCUCUGUCUUUUAUUUGUGAAGCAUUUUUCAUACAAAACAGUGUAGUACAAAGUACUUUACAUACCAAAAACAGUAAUAGAUAAAUAGAAAGAGAUAGUCUUUUAUUGUCACUGCAUUGUGAAAACACAACAAAAUUACGUUUGGCAGUCUCCUCUGUGUCAGCAAACAUAGUUGUCAAUUUCAGUAGGUAGCCUUCAGUAAUUUCCUGUUGAUCAGGCAGUGUUUCAUGGUAAUUACUGGAAAUUUUUAAUCUUUAAGCUAGCCAGGAGUUGUAGGAAGGAUCUGUUCAUGAUCCCAAACAUACAAGCUCAUCUGUGAAACACAGUAGAGAUUGGCUUGGGCUUGCAUGGCUUCUUCUGGGACAGGCUCAUUAAUCUUCACUAAUGAUGUAACACAUGAGGGCAGCAGCAACAUGAACUCAGAAAUCUAUAGAAACAUUUUGUCUGCCAAUUUAAAGAAAGAAACUGAUUGGGAGAUCCUUCAUCGUACAGCGAGAUAAGGACCCAAAACACACUGUCAAAACAACAAAGGAGUUCAUCAGGGGCAAGAAGUGGACGGUUUUAGACUGAGCCAAGUCAGUCUCCAGACCUAAACCCUAUAGAGCAUUUUACCUGCUAAAGAGGAGAUGAUGGUAGUAACCCCCCAAAAACAACAAAUACUGAAAGA